AUGGUCGUCUGGGUCCAGUUCCCUGCUCUCCCGAUACAUUUCUACCACAAGGAGGUCCUUUUCAUGCUGGGGAACUUGAUUGGGCGUGCCAUCAAACUUGACUACCACACCGAACAUCAACAACGAGCUAGAUUCGCCAGAAUUGCAGUGGAGGUAGACUUAGGAAAGCCGUUGGUCCCUCGUAUUUGGUUGGACGGAGCCUGGCAAUACCUUGAAUAUGAGAACCUCCCAGUGGUCUGUUUCGAGUGCGGAAGGAUAGGUCACACCUCCACUACUUGCCCUUCAAUCAAGUCGGCCUCUUCUCCGGCUGGCAUACAAACGCUGGCGCCGGAUCUUACAUCGGAAACCUCGCCGGAGGAGAAGGUUGGUUUCGGACCUUGGAUGCAGGUCACGCGCCGAUCGCGGCGUAAUGGCAGACAACCGGAAAAGGAAAGAGCGAGUAAUAUUCAGGGAAACUCAAAUCACGGAGGAUUCCAUCUGUCGCCAACCAAAAAUGGGAAAGGAAGCGAUCCACAAAAGGAUUUGGAGAAGAGAAAGGAAACUAUCUCGGCUGACUCCAUUAUGAGAUCCCAACGGGCAGAUGAGCCUCCGAGCAAGAGUUUGGAAAAGGGAAAUAUUAAUAAGGGGAAAGCAAAGAUCAUACCGCAAGACUCCACAGCGAAAGUCUCCAAAGGCGUCCUUGGGCCUGCCCCCACUUUGAACAAAGCCAAGAAGGUCUCUGGACCAGGCGAAUGCUCGGCCCAACAGCUGGCACGGCCCGAAACUCAGAUCCCCCAACCCAAAAUCAAUCCGGACACAGUCAAGAAGCCCGACCCUUCCAAUAAGCCGACUCCAACCGGCCCGACACCCCCAAGCACUCAGACGAUCAUCGGCCCUAACUCGACCUCCAUCCAUAUCGUGGAGAUCCCCCCGUAUCAGACCCCCCCCCCCCCCGCCGGAAUGUCGAUCGAAACUCCCCUUCAGCGGCAUCUAGGACUAAACAUCAGAAGGGGCGAAAACAAAAUACGAAGAGAGGAACCCCGGUUCCGGCCGCUGCUAAGGCCGUCCAGAUUUGGACCCCGACGAAGGAGAAGAAGUGUAAGAGUCGAAAGCGCAUCGCAACUCUCACUCUCCAGGAAAUUGAAGCUUGGACUGGCCUCUCAAAACCCCAAGUUGAGGGACCCCCGACAGCCCUUUCUGAAGCGGCCCCUGAACCAGAACCCAUCAAGCGCCACGACUCGACUCAACCUCCGGCGGCCGGGAUUUGAUCCUCCGACCCGUCUUUCUGCCCUCUUCUUCCCUUUUUUCCUUAUGUCAAUAAAUCAUCUUGUGAAUUUUAAGGUUCUUUCGUGGAACGUUGGUGGCGCUGGAAACCCCCAUUUUAUCCGCGCCUUGAAGCUCAUUAUCCAAACUAAUCAGCCUGAUUUUCUGAUUUUGCUGGAACCUCAGGUGAGCGGGAUUUCGGCUAACAGGGUUUGUGGGAAGCUCGGCUUUCCCCACAUUAUGCGCGUGGAAGCUGACGGCCGCCGUGGAGGCAUCUGGUUCUGUUGGAAAUCCGACAGAUUCACUGUGGAGCUCACCUCGGCUUGCUUCCAACACCUCUCGGUUAAGGUCUCCACUGGUUUUAGUCAGCCUUUCCUAAUUACUGCCGUUUAUGCCUCCCCGCGCCGGAGCCUCCAGCAACACCUUUGGAAUUCCAUUCAACGCAUCAGCGAGACGAAUGAUCUCCCCUGGCUCCUCACCGGAGAUUUCAACUCCAUCAGGGGGCCGGAAGAGAAAUCUGGGCCUGCUUCGGCGGCCACUCUUCGGAGCUGCAAGGUCUUCAACGAUCGCAUAAACAAAGCAGCCCUCAUCGAUCUCGGUUUUACGGGGCCCAAGUUUACCUGGACCAGAGGCGAUCAAGCUUCCACGUAUAAAGCCAGCCGCAUCGAUAGAAGUCUGUGUAAUGAUGGCUGGAACAUCCUCUUCCCUGAUUCUACCGUUACUUAUCUUCCCCGCAUCCACUCUGAUCACCAUCCUUUGCUUACCACGGUUACAAAUCAGGGAGUCAACCAGAAUCCUUCCCGCCCUUUCCGCUUUGAGGCCGCAUGGCUUACUUCUGAUUCUUUUUCUGACUUUCUCACAGGUAACUGGAACCCCCAAAUUCCCCUGCCGGAAGCGCUUGAGUCCUUAAGUGAGAGGUUGAAGCUCUGGAACAGGAACUCCUUUGGCAACAUCUUCCAGAAGAAAAGAAGACUUCUGAAGAGAAUCCAAGGAAUCCAGAACAAGGCCAGCCACUUCUUCUCCCCAGGCCUCUUGAAGCUACAGGCCAAACUCGAAGCCGAGCUCGAUGCGGUUCUUGCGCAGGAGGAACUAUUAUGGUUCCAGCGAUCGAGGGAGCAGUGGGUGCACUAUGGAGAGCGCAAUACUGCCUACUUUCAUCAACAAGCUUCCAUCAGGAAAAGAAGGAACAAAAUUGGGAGCCUUAAGGCAGCAAAUGGGGAAUGGAUUUCGAAUCCCGAUGAUCUUGCAGCAUUGGUUUUUGACUUCUUUACCUUGUUGUACACGCAGGAUAUUGCUGAUUACUCGGAUCUUAUGCCAAAGAAUGCCUUCCCCAGGCUUUCCCAAGAGGACUUGUUGAUGCUCCUUCGGCCCUUCCAAGGAUCUGACAUUCACAAAGCUAUCCAUGAGAUGAAAGCUCUUCAAGCUCCCGGCCCGGACGGCUUCCAAGCGAUUUUCUACCAAAAAGCCUGGCGGACAGUGGGUAAAAGUUUAAUCGACAUGGCUAUGGAUUUUUUCUCCACAGGUACUCUCCCGGACAGCGCCGUGGCCUCGACCGUGGUGCUCAUCCCCAAAGUGGAGAAUAUCGAGAUGGUGUCUCAGCUGCGUCCGAUCUCUCUGAAUAAUGUCUGCCUCAAAGCCAUUACCAAAGCGAUCGCCAACCGUCUGAAGCCUAUCAUGAAGCAUCUCAUCUCCCCCCGCCAGAGUAGUUUCAUCCCCGGCAGGCAGACAGCAGAUAACAUUAUCGUUCUUCAGGAAGUCCUCCACUCGCUCAGAAAAAGGAAAGGAAAGAAGGGAGGGGUUGUCAUCAAGAUAGACUUAGAGAAGGCUUUCGAUCGGCUGAGAUGGGAUUUCCUUAGAGAUACUCUCGUUCAAGUCGGGCUCCCAAGUACAUGGAUCAGUUGCAUCAUGUACUGUGUCGAGAAGAACAACAUGCGGCUCUUAUGGAAUGGAGAGCUCUCCCCUCCGAUCACUCCAUCUAGAGGAGUUCGCCAGGGAGACCCCCUCUCUCCUUACCUUUUCAUCCUUUGUAUGGAACGUUUAUCUCACAGAAUUGACCAGGCCAUCCGAGAUAAGCUAUGGAAACCCAUCAGGUUAUCCAAAGAUGGCCCGGCUCUAUCUCACCUUUUUUUCGCCGAUGAUUUGGUGCUUUUUGCAGAGGCGGAGAGCUCUCAGAUCAGAAUUGUGAAGCAAUGCCUGGACGAAUUUUGCCAAAGCUCCGGACAACGGGUUAACUACAACAAAUCCGCCAUUUUCGUCUCGGCAAACAUCGAAAGGCGUCGAGCUAGGUGGCUGAGCAGGAGGGCCUCAAUCCCGCUGACGGUUGAUAUUGGGAGAUACCUGGGUGUGAAUGCUAUUCAUGGCAGAGUCAGCAAAGCAAGAUACCAAGAGUUGAUCUUGCGUAUCCAAAGGAAGCUGGCUCCUUGGAAAGCUAAGCAUCUCUCUCUUGCUGCCCGAAUGACUGUCGUUAAAUCGAUUUCUACUGCUAUUCCUGUUUAUCCUAUGCAGAUGGAGCUCCUUCCAGCUUCCAUUUGCAAGUCUAUUGACCGUCUCAACAGAGAUUUCUUUUGGGGGGACACGGAAGACAAAAAGAAGCUUCAUCUCGUCUCCUGGCCUCAUCUCUUGGAGCCUAAAGAAAAUGGAGGAGCAGGACUGCGAUCCACCAGACACGCCAAUCUCGCCAUGUUGACCAAAGGAUGCUGGCGGUUGCUAAAUGAGAAAGACACUCUCUGGGUUCAACUUAUGCGAAGCAAGUAUGGAGGGAACAGAAGACACAUCGACCUUGUUAGCGAUGCUUUGCCUGGUUAG